CUUCCGAGGGGGCGGAGGGCCGGCAUCGCCCGUUUAAGGCCCCGGUGGAAGGCGGUGUCGAGGAGUGUGGAGGGCCGGCGUCGUCGAGGCCGGGCUCCCCUGGGCCGGGCAUUGGGACUAGGGAGGCGAGGGCGAGGAGGGAGGCAGGGCCAUGGCGGAGAAGCGCGUCUCCAGGUGGUACUUCGGGGGCCUGGCCUCCUGCGGGGCGGCCUGCUGCACCCAUCCGCUGGACCUCCUCAAGGUCCAUCUGCAAACCCAGCAGGAAGUGAAGCUGCGCAUGACCGGGAUGGCUGUGCGGGUGGUUCGCAAUGAUGGCUUUCUGGCACUCUACAAUGGGUUGAGUGCCUCGCUUUGCCGGCAGAUGACGUACUCCCUCACCCGCUUUGCCAUCUAUGAGACUGUGCGGGACCGCUUGAGCCAGGGUGCCCAGGGGCCCAUGCCCUUCUACCAGAAGGUGCUGCUAGGCGCAGUAGGAGGUUUCGCUGGUGGGUUCGUGGGGACCCCAGCUGACAUGGUAAAUGUCAGGAUGCAGAAUGACAUGAAACAACCAGUCAAUCUGCGGCGCAACUACUCGCAUGCUCUGGAUGGGUUGUACCGGGUGUUUCGUGAAGAAGGGAUGAAAAAAUUGUUUUCUGGGGGAACAAUGGCAUCAAGUCGAGGGGCCUUGGUUACUGUUGGACAGCUUUCCUGCUAUGACCAGGCUAAGCAGUUGGUUCUUGGGACCGGUUUGCUGUCAGACAAUAUUUUCACCCAUUUUGUGGCCAGCUCUAUUGCUGGAGGAUGUGCCACAUUCCUCUGUCAGCCCUUGGAUGUGCUGAAGACGCGGAUGAUGAAUUCCCAGGGUGAAUAUCGGGGUGUCAUGCACUGUGCAUUAGAAACUGCCAAACUUGGACCACUGGCUUUUUAUAAGGGCCUUGUUCCUGCUGGCAUUCGCUUGGUCCCUCACACCGUGCUUACCUUUGUCUUCCUGGAGCAGCUACGGAAAUAUUUUGGCAUCAAAGUGAUAUCUUGAGGGAGAAAGAAAUGUAAAAAAUGAGGGACAAGAGCCUGGGAAGUGGGGCCUGCCAGUGUCCAGGUGCACAUGCUGUUCCUUGUGGAGGUGCAGCAGUCUUAAUGGUGGCCUCUUCAGUGCCAUGGCAUUAGUUGAACUCUCACAGAAUGCCCCUUUUCAGUGCCUAACAGUCUUAUGAAUAUGAGCCAACCCUUCAAUAUUGUUUGGUGCCUAAUGGUUUAACUGCCAGCCAGUCAGAACCUUCUCCUCUAGUGCCCAAUAGCAAUGAAUGCCCAAUCCCCACAUGUCUUUCCGCUGAGCCCAGCAUUAAUUUAAUUCCUUGAUUCCCUACCCAUCAGCAUCAUAGUACUUUCUCCAGUACUGUAUCCUUGCUGAUUCACAGCAUUCCACAGUAAACUUCUGAUCAUCCUGCAACACCAUUGUGGUCUGAAAGCUAGCAUUCCAACAAUGCUUCUGCUUUAUUUCCAGAAUUCUUGUCUUGAGUAGUGGUGCUCCACUACUGUACUGUACUUCAUUGCUGUCUGUCCUGUAGCAUCAUGGGUAGUAAGUGGCCCUACCUGCCAUGUCAUCUUUUUUUCUUUCUGCCUUCACGGGGCGCAUCUACACUGUAGAAAUAAUUCCGUUUGAUACCACUGCCAUGGCUCCAGCCUACAAACCCCUAGGAUUUGUAAUUUCUCUUUGGCAGAGAAGAUUAAAGACCCUGCAAAACUACAGAUCCCGGGAUUUCAUAGGAUGGAGCUGCAGCACUUAAAAGUGGUAUCAAACUGCAUUAUUUCUACAGUGUAGCUGUACCCCCAUUCACCUUUUUGUGAUGUGUUGCUAUAACUUUUGGGAGGAGUGCACUAGCCUCUUCCCAAUCAUCUCAUCCUUUUCACUUUGACCAGAAAAGGUCUUUGUCAAUAGGAGAGGCAGCAUCAUAAUUACUUUAUUUUAAAAUGUUCACAAUGAGAAGAUUACAGUGAGGGGACCCUGUUAACUUUUGGGAGAGGGAUGAUAGCAAUACUCCAGGUAGUCAGGAAUCCUCUUUGUCCUUCCAUGUCUCAGGUGUAUAAAUGUUUUUGAGAGGCUUCCUUCUCUCAUCCAGCCUAUUCCCUUGUUCCUACCUCAGUCUCCUCUCACCCUCAUGUCUGUCACUUGAGGAACAGGAGGUCCCUUUCAUUUACUUUCUGUGAGUGGAAGCAUGGAGCAGGCAGCACACAUACGCACAUGCACACACAUGUUCUUAUCUGUGUCAGGCUUGGAAUCACUUGUCUCUUUCAUUUGCCUCUUAGUUUGUCAUUCACACCUUGUUCAACCAAAGCCUCUUAAAACCAAAGGGCCCUACUGAGGCUUGACACCAUAGAGAGUAGAAAAUUGGUACUUCUGAGGUACUACUAAUGAGCAAGAACUAAGUCAGCACAUGCAGGGCAAGGAGAUUUUCUUAUCCUAUAUAAUUCUGUUCCUUCUAACAAUGGAGAAAAAAAGAUCCUGUUUGCUUGCAAAUGGCCAAACUUCCCCUUUUGCCUGCUUAGUGUCUGCUCUGGCAGUUCUUCUGAGCCAUCUGGAGGAAGCCUAGCAGGCUGUGGAAUCUCCCCAGGUUGUCUUGUGUUUAUUAUGUUGUCUGCUGUAGCACUGGAUUAUUUUUUU